AAAGGCUCUCAUAAUGUUCACCUUUGCUUCCCCCAGACUCUUGAUGCUGUGAAGAGGCUAUGCCCCAAACGGGCACUGUUAAUUGGAAUGACACAUGAAUUUGAUCACCACAGGGAUAAUGAGGCACUUGCUGAAUGGUCUAGCAGAGAAGGGAUCCCGGUGCAGCUUGCUCAUGAUGGUUUGCGGAUCUACAUAGACUUGUAAUAAGGCCUAACUGCAAAGACUGUAUCUGGAUGGCUUUUGUAUUGCAGAAUGCUUAUAUUCCCAACAUAUCAGUGAUUAUUUGUUACAGAAAGUACCAGCUAUUCGAUUUUUUAAAACCUUGAUUGAAUGGGCAAUAGAAUUCUUCCAUGGGAACUGCUAAGUAUAAAAAAAAUGUGAAGAUGUCCGUUGUGCAACAGGCAAAAGGAAGCAGUGAAUCAAGUAACUUAUUGUUAGUACUCAUUUUUAAUACCAUCUUAGAAGCAUAUCAUAUAUCUCCUCAAGGGAUUGUAUCUAUAAAACCCAAUGCUUUUAUUUGCCAUUAUGAUGUAUUAUUUUUAUAGCAAGUUUGCUAAUAAACAUUCAAACAAAUUUAGGUUA